AUGGAAGAACCAAGACAACAAGGGCGUAACCAUCUACAGGUUCUCACCCUGUCUCCGACAUUGUUCUCUAAUGAUGUCCCCUGGGCGAAAGGAGCCACCAUUCUCUUUCUUUCUUCAAUCGUUCCGAUCAGCUCCUCUUCCUUCACUUCGCUUCGCUUCGUUCUUAUGGUUCGUUUCAUCCUCCUAUACUACGCAAUUCUCUGUUGUGAUCAUGUUGGUCGAAAGUUGUAUAGGAGCGGCUGUGAAAGGGCGAUUCCCCCCUUUCCAUUUAAGAUAAGAGCAAGCUACCUUCCCCACCAUUCAGGCCUGUUAGUGAUUUAUAGGGAUUUGACCGAUGCUGAAGUUGCUUACCAAGCCUUGAACUUGAGAAGCUAG